GGUUUGUGCAUUUUAUAGAAAGAGAUGCUACCCUUGAUCCUUGGGAUCGUUGCCGUUUUGAUGUGUGUCUACUUCACCCAACAAAAUGGCUUCACCGUAGUACAGACCAUUCAGGCAGGACUUGAUGUGGAAUCAGCGCAAUCAGUAUCACGGAAACAACUCCCAAAACCGGCAACAAGCCUGGUCUUCAUUAAAACUCACAAGACCGGUGGGACGACUAUGGCAUCGAUACUCAACCGAUUCGGUUACAGGAAUCGUUUAUCUUUUCUAUUCAACAAAGGUGAUAAGGUGCAUGGUCACUUCCGGUUAUCAAAGCUGGCUCAAAAGAAACCUCGUAGCUUCCUUCCUCCACUUUGCGUUGCUACGGGCGACUACAAGCAUUACAAGAACUACAGCAUGAUGACCGCACACUUAAGACUUCUUCCCAAUCUCGUUCAGCUGAAACGAUUCAUGAAAUCCGAUUGCAAAUUUGUAUCGAUCCUUCGCGAACCGAGCGCGCAGUGGGAAAGUGCGUUCUCGUUUUUCGGCGCCGCGCGUUCAAUGCAUAUCAGUAAAGACGGGCGCGGGAAUACAAGCGUUGCGAACAUCGCAACCUUUUUGAGCAACCCUAAAUUCUACUGGAAUACCGCCAAAGGUGGUCAUGCAAAGUACUAUUCAAGAAACGGGCAGCUGUUUGAAUUCACCGAAGAUGGCGCCAUUCAUGACUACGAAGACACCGUUAACGACAUCAUUAAGCAGCUGGAUUUGCACCUACACUUAGUUGUUAUAACAGAAUACUUCGACGAGUCUCUCAUUCUUCUAAAAAAUCUAAUGAAUUGGAGUUUCAGAGACAUAAUAUACGUGAAGAAGAAUGCGCGUGUAACACAUUCAAAUAUAACAGAAGAACAACGAGAGAAGAUACGAGAAUGGAAUAGCGCUGAUAUCUUGCUUUACAAUCACUUUAAUCGGACGCUCUGGCAAAAGAUUGCCGAUCAAGGAGCCAGUUUCGAGAGAGAUUUGCGGACGUUCAGAGAUUUGAUGAGGGACUAUUCUGCCGAGUGCGGGAUAGAAGAUAACGAGGCUGCGCGUAAAGGACAGAAGAUGCUUCGCGUCGGUCACGUGACCUCGAACAACUCGGUUUUCUGUAAACGACUGGUGAGUGAGAACUACGAGACUACGAAAAUGAUCAUGGCAAGACAACGGCUUGGCGCCCUCUGUGGUGUGAAGAGGAGCAAAGUUAUUUGAAGAGAAGGUUGAUUUGUUGUAAAGAUGAAAAAUGGUUUAUGAGCUUUCUCAUUCUUUUACCUCAGUUUGUACGAAUGUCAUCGUAGAAAAAUGUUCCCUGAAAAGGAUUAAUAAUAAUAAUGAUAAUAAAACUCAGUUUUUAUAUAGCGCAAAUUAAGUCUCUAAGCGCUAUGGAAAUAGAAGAAAAUCAAGAAGUGAGUACAGAAGAAAUUACAUAAUGGCAUGAUGAAUAUCCAAACUGGAAACUGCAUGUACUUGUAUAAUACAUUGUAUUGUAUAAAGAAUGGUACGAAAUUACGUUUGAAAAAGGUGAGACUUUAACAGAGGCUUAAAUAGAUCGGAUAAGUCUUCAAUUCUAUUAAAAUAUGUUAUAUAGAGAGGUCCAGGAUUUUGAAAACUCAACACUGCAUUAUUGGCAGAUGCAGAUGUUGUUGACUCACUAACAGAUGAAAUUAAAAUAGUUAUGACUAAAAAUGCAAGUUCGAGCUAUAGUCAAAUACGGGAAUUCAUGAAAUUUAGAGUUCUUUGUAAGUUUAUCGAAAUUUCCAAAAGAAAGAAAAAGGAACGCAGAAUGCGAUCAGAAGAGUUAGAGAAAGAUAUCAAUAGGUUAACCAACAAUGAAGCAAAUUGGAAUAAUGAAAGUUUACGUGGUGAUUCAUGAGACAAGAAAAGAGAAUAUGAAUAUUUACAUUAAGAAAUUGUUCGUGGUAGUAUUGUUAGAACUAAAGCUAAAUGAGUUUCAGAAGGUGAACGUUGUACCAAAUAUUUUUUUUUAAUUUAGAAAAAAGGAAUUGUUGAGCAAAAAUGUAUUUCCAGGCUUCAAACGGCAAAUGUACCUAUUACAUAUUUUAAAGGUAUUUUCGAGGAAGAAAGGUUGUUUUACCUUAACAUAUAUGCAUCUAGUGAUAAACAAGAUUAUCCAUGUGAAUUGUUUAAAACAAAUUGUUUUACCUAACCUGGAUAUCAAUGACGACGAUUUUUCUUUAGGUGAUCUAAUUUCAGGAAAAGAGUGCUAUAAAACUAUGACAACUUUUAAAAAUGACAAGUCACCGGGAUUUGAUGGACUUUAUAGAGUUUUGUAAAACUUUCUGGUAUGAUGAUAUCAUAGACUUGUUAUGUUCCGUUUACAAUUCCUCUUUGCUUGAUAACAUUCUUCUUUUAUCUAUGCGAGCAUGUAUUAUUACUUUGUUGCCAAAAAGGUAGAGAUUUGUUACUUCUCAACAAUUGGCGACCAAUAUCACUUCUAAACAGUGGUUAUAACAUUUUAUCAACAGUUCUCUAAUCGCGAAUGAGAAAGGUUUUAGGGUUAUGACCAAUAUGGUUUUUAUUAAAGGACGUUUUAUUGGAGAGAACAUACGAUACUCUUCAUGUUUUUGGAAUUGACCAGUAUUUUAUUACGUGGGUAAAAUUACUGUAUACAAAUAUAAAAGGACGAGUUAUUAUUAAUGGGUUCCGUCAGAUUAAUUUGAGAUAAAGCGUGGUGUGAGACAGGGAUGUCCUUUGUCUCUAUAUCUUUUUAUUAUUGCAGUUGAAGUACUUGGCUUUUUCGUGAGACAAAAUGAAGAUAUUAAAUGGGGAGGUAAAUAUUAGUCAAUAUGCAGAUGCCACGGUUAUUUUACUUGAACCUGAUGAAUCGAAUAUUCGUAGAUGUGUUAAAGUCUUGAAUGACUUCAGAGGAGCCUCUGGUUUGAAAAUUAAUUUUGAAAAAAUGUUAUAUGAUUAGACUGGGAAAUUGUAAAGUUACUAUGCCGAUGUGUCAAUACAUUCCAUUUGUUUGGCCUUCAGAAUGUUUUACAUUACGUAGGUAUUAAAAUUACUUUGAAUGGUAAUUUGAGUUUUCAUGAUCAUAAUUUCAAAUACAAAUUUAAGGAAAUUAAGACAACGUUGAAUAUAUGGAAUCGUAGGACUUUAACCUUGUAUGGAUAGGUGACCAAUAUUAAAUAUCUAGUUAUACCAA